UCUGCAAAACCCAAACCAAAUCAUUGACUAUAUAUAUAAACAAGUUUUUAAAUAUACACACCAACAUGACAAAAUUUCAAAGCUAAUAAAUAUUAUGAAAAGGAAAAUGCGAGAAGAAGACCCUGGAAACUUCUUGCUUGAAGUCUUCUUAUAAAGAAACAUAAUGCUAUACCCAAAAUCCGCAUUUUGCAGAUUCAUAGAUGCAAGUUAACGGGUCUUCCGCGUUUGUAUGGAAACUAAAUAUUUCAAUUGGAUGUGACACGGUGACACCCACCUCUACUGCAGCGGCAUAAACAAGAAUCACAAAGUCUCCUCUUUCACAAAAGGAAUAUGGAAAUCACAAGAAGAAAAUUCUUCUUCCUCCUCCUCUUCUUUUUCUUCUUCUUCUUCUUCUUCUUCUUCCUACUUAAUUGAAUUUAGAAAUGAAGGUUCGAUGGAGGAAAAGAAAUCAAACAUAAUAGCUGCUUUAUCGAUACUAGUCCUCAUCAUUUUGCUCAUCGUUGCCCGUGUCUCUCUUGGACUCUCCUCCAGGACUUUCUACUUGAUUGUUGGUGCCGAUAUUGCAGCAAUUAUUGUUGUUUUCGCAUAUGUCAUAAUCCGAAGGCGUGGUGAUAGGCGAAGGCAAUUGUUAGAGAGGCAAAGGAUCUUGGAAGGCCGAGAACUUCGAAUAGAGUACAGUUUCCUCAGGAAAGUAGCCGGAGUUCCAACAAAAUUUCAAUACAAGGAGCUUGAAGAAGCAACGGAAAAUUUCAAAUUACUGCUAGGCCAAGGAUCAUCAGGCUCGGUUUUCAAAGGAGUCCUAAAGGAUGGUACUUAUAUCGCCGUGAAACGAAUCGGGGGAGAGGAGCAUGGAGAGAAGGAAUUCAGAUCAGAAGUUGCAGCUAUUGCUAGUGUCCAACAUGUAAACCUUGUACAUCUUCUAGGCUAUUGUUGCCCCCCGACCGGGGGGACUCGCUUCCUUGUUUACGAGUUUAUCCCAAAUGGAUCAUUGGAUUGCUGGAUUUUCCAACAAAGAGGGGGGCGAAACUGCCAAGGAGGUUGCUUGUCAUGGAACUUAAGGUAUAGAGUUGCCAUUGAUGUAGCUAAGGCACUUUGUUACCUUCAUCAUGACUGCAGGUCCCGAAUACUUCACUUCGAUGUCAAGCCGGAAAACAUACUUCUCGACCAGAAUUAUCGUGCGCUCAUGUCGGAUUUUGGGCUCUCAAAGCUAAUGGGAAAAGAAGAGAGCAGAGUUGUGACAUCCAUCCGGGGUACUAGAGGGUACUUGGCACCAGAGUGGCUAUUGCAGCAAGGAGUUUCCGAGAAAUCUGACAUCUACAGCUAUGGAAUGGUUCUUCUGGAGAUGCUAGGAGGAAGGAGAAACAUUUACUUGGUUGAAAACGACGACGGCCGCGACAAGUCCAAGAGGAAAUGGGACUACUUUCCAAAAUUUGUAAUGGAGAAAAUGAAAGAGAAGAAGCUCAUGGAAGUGGCUGACCAGAGGCUAGUAGAAGGGGAAGGCAUCGACGAGAGGGAACUGAGGAUCUUGGUUUUUGUGGCUCUAUGGUGCAUACAGGAGAAGGCCAAGCUCAGACCCAGCAUGGCUCAGGUGGUCGACAUGCUCGAAGGGCGUGUGGCCGUGGAUGAGCCACCCGAGACACAAAUGGCCAUUGUUGAUCUUUUGUCAAUUGAAGAUUCAAGAGAUGGUCAGGACAUGAGGCAGGGGGUUCCGGCACUUGCUGCAUCUCAAGUUGGUGCCAAUAUUCCUUCUUCCUCCAUGAACUCAUAUACCAUGUCGGUUCUUUCGGGACGGUAGAUCGAAGAGUUUCAAGGUAUCAUCAUCUUCCGCAGGACUGGUUUUUUCUUUCUUCUUUUACUAGGUUCCUCUUUUCUUUUCCAAACUUUGAUUUGUCGGCUCUCUUUUCUUUUGGCAGAUUUAGACAAAAUAUGUCAUUUUUGGUUGUCAACAACAUGAAUAGCUUUACCAUCAUUACUUUA